AUGGCGCGUUUGGUCAAAUCACCUUGUCUAGGGGAAAAAAAGACCCGCCACGCAAGCCUAUCUACCAGCCAGAAGGUGCUCGAACCCGUCACGUCUCUAGGACAAUUGACCGAUAUAGCAACCAAGGACUUUGAAAUCACCUCCGCAUUGAAGCUCAUCGCCGUCUCAGUGACUCAGCAACGCUUCCUUGUCGCUAAACACCUCGUCAUCCACCCGGUCACCCUAACUCUGGUAGCUUUAGGUUUCGCUAACAGCGUCAAUGCUAUUUACCAUGACCCAUGUGGCUGGCCUUACAUUUCGGUAAUCAGUACCACCGUGGUGUUAGCAAUUUUGGGUAUUGUCAUACACUUGAUGUGGAAAUACAACACUGAGGCCGAGAAAGUUGGAGCACUGAACUGGUUAUACGGGCACGAUCCUGAUGCCAGUGCUGUCACUAAUCAGGAAGAUCCCGCUUUCAACUCGGAUGAUGGAGUGACGUUUGUAGUUAUGCAUCGAUUUGGGGGCCGCAUUGUCGGCACAUUGGUUAUGAGCAUCGUCUACAACGGCAUCCGACCCCGUCCAAAAGCAACUAAGGAACGUUCCAACUGGCGAAAAUUACGAUGCUUUCAUACGUGCCUGGACUGUCCAACAAAGCUUCCGUGGCUACGGGGUUGGUGCUGCGCUCCUCAACGAAGCUGUUAA